AUGGGCUGCAGUCUUAAUGGGCUCUCCUUAAGAAAUUUUUGGGCUAGGAACCGUGCCGUUACAACUUUGGUGAUUGGUGGUGAGAUAUCAUCUUCUUAUCGUGAGAACCAGAUUGUGUUUCCUGAUGUGUUGCUUGUUGGUUUAGUUCCUGCGGUACCUACAGCUUGUUGCAUCUGCUCCACCAACCCAGAAUCAAGGGAUCACCUAAUGCUAUCUUGUUCCUUCGCCUUGACGCUAUGGUCAGAGAUUCGCCGGAGACUCCAAUGUGCUGUCCCUGCUUUCAGCGAUUGGUCAGACCUUAUACAAUGGAGCUGCAGCUCGUCCCCAGCAGCACCUAUGCAGCUUAGAAUGCUUGUGGUUCAAGCAUUGGUAUAUUCUGUUUGGAGACAGCGCAACAACAUGUUUCACAACCAGUUAAUCACUCCACCGCUAGUUGUCUUUAGAGACAUCAAUAGGCAUGUGAUCAACACCAUCAACGCAUUCAGGACCAGGAAGAAAUUCAAGGACCUCAUGACAUUUUGGCUAAUCUAA